AUGGGUAAAGGUAAGCAUAAUCCAUCUAUUUUGUCGCCUUCGGAUGAUUCGGUACAUGUCAAUAAGGAGAAUUAUAUUAAUAAUGGCUCAAUAAAACUUCAUCCUUUACCAACAUUAACUGAAAUAAAAUCAAAAAUUCCAUCACAUUGUUUUCGUCCAACAGUUAUGCGUUCAAUGUUCUAUGUAUUUAUUGAUGCCGUUUAUAUUCUUUUAACAUAUUUAACAAUGUUUUAUAUUCAAAAAUAUUUUACAUAUGGUUAUUUAAUAUUUCCCCUUUACUGGUAUGCACAAGGAACAUUGUACACGUCUCUAUUCGUGUUGGGUCACGACUGUGGACACGGAUCAUUCAGUUCGCAUCAAUGGAUUGACGAUAUAAUGGGUACCAUUUUACAUACAUACGUAUUGGUCCCUUAUUACCCAUGGAAAGUUUCACACAAUAAUCAUCACAAAAACACGGGCAAUAUUGAUAAAGAUGAAGUAUUUUAUCCACGACGUUUAAAGGCUGUAGACGAUGAAUUAUCAAAAAAUAUGGACAAGAUUGGCGAAAGAAGAAGGUCUUUUCAAGCACCAUAUUUUGGAUUGGGAAUUGGUUGGUUCUACUACUUAGUGUUCGGUUAUGCUCCACGUCCAGUCAAUCAUUUUAAUCCAUUUCAUCCAAUGUUUCAAAAACAUAUUGUUGGCGUUACGUCAUCGCUCAUAGCAUAUAGUCUCAUGUUUUAUCUCAUGCAUUUAUAUGCUCAAUCAUACGGUUAUUUUGCAUUAAUCUCCUAUCAUUUAAUUCCCACAUUUAUAUUUGCCUGUUAUAUAGUUAUAAUUACAUUUUUACAACAUACUGAAGUAGAUGUACCAUGGUAUUCAGGCGAUGAAUGGAAUUAUGUUCGAGGUCAAUUAUCAACUAUUGAUAGAAAUUAUGGCCAUGUUCAUUCGAUUAUACACUCAGCUGGUACACAUCAAAUACAUCAUUUAUUUACAAAAGUGCCACAUUAUCAUUCGGAAGAAGCCACAAAAUAUUUUCGAAAAGCAUUUCCACAUCUCGUUCGAUUAAACCACGAAAGAAUUUUACCAUCAUUCAUAAGAAUGUUCAAAAUACAUGUUAAACAACGAUCACUUAAAAAUGAUGUUCGAAUUUUCCAGUAUAACGAUGAGAAGAUUAAAUCAACAUAA